AUGAGUCGAGUUCAAUUUUCUAUCUGGGUAAUGCUUGCUUUGAUCGUUCUUAUUGUUCCAAUGGCGAAUUCAGAAGAGGAAAAUGUAAGGCGGUCCUUAGUGCGAUUCAUGCAGAAUCUUUCAGGAGGAAAGAUACAGAAUGACCCGAAAUGGGGAUGGAACGAAACUUCUGACCCUUGCAGUGCCGCAUGGUCCGGUGUGAGCUGUGAUUCCAAGUCACAGGCAGUAAAGAAAAUAGUUCUUGAAGAUUUCAAUUUUACGGGAAAUUUUGAUGCCAGUUCCGUAUGCUCAGCGCAGUCUCUUACUGUCUUGAGUUUGAACCGAAAUGGCAUUUCUGGCUCGAUACCUGAAGAGAUUAGAAAUUGCAGACGCUUAACUCACUUGUUUCUGAAUGGGAACAAGUUAUCUGGAGAUAUUCCUGAAUCUCUUUCCCAGCUUGGUAACUUGAAAAGGCUUCAAAUUUCCAACAAUAGCUUGUCAGGUCAAAUUAUCGGCCUGUCUCGGAUUUCAGGCCUCAUAUCCUUUCUUGCUGAAAACAAUCGUCUAAGUGGGGAAAUUCCAGAAUUUCAUUUUUCCAAUCUUCAGGAAUUCAAUGUGGCUAACAACUAUUUCAGCGGACCAAUUCCUGAUGUCAAAAGCAAGUUCAUUUCCGACAGCUUUUCUGGUAAUCCUGGAUUAUGCGGAAACCCAUUACCAAAUUCGUGUCCACCAGCAGCUCCUCCUCAGACAGGAACAAAGUCGAAGCAUUCAUCAAAAAAUAGGUUCCUUAUCUAUUCAGGAUACAUAAUUCUUGUCCUGGCUGUUCUGUCACUUAUUGUUUUAAAAUUAAUUAGCAAAAAGAAGUCGGAAAAAGAAAAAACCGAAUCUAAAGAGACAUCAACCGAGACGAGUAGUGGUGAAUCCAAGACGACCAGAAAUAGAUCAGAAUACUCAAUAACAUCAGCAGAAAGCGGAAUGCCUUCAUCGUCACUAGUGGUUCUUACAAGUCCUUUAGUGAAGGAGUUGAAAUUUGAAGACUUGCUUCGAGCUCCAGCCGAGUUGCUUGGAAAAGGAAAGCAUGGAAGCUUGUACAAGGUUUUGCUUAAUGAUGGGGUGAUCCUGACAGUGAAGAGAAUCAGGGAUUGGGGCAUUUCUAAGGAAGUUUUCGACAACAGGAUGCAGAGGAUACAUCAAGUGAAGCAUCCGAAACUUUUAUCUCCAGUCGCUUUUUAUUGCUCGAAACAAGAGAAGCUUCUGGUUUAUGAAUUUCAUCAGAAUGGCAGUCUCUUCAAGCUUCUUCAUGGAUCCCAAUAUGGAAAAGUAUUCGACUGGGGAAGCAGGUUGACCGUGGCAACCAUAAUCGCGGAGACAUUAGCAUUCGUUCAUCAGGAAUUUCGCGAAGACAGGAUUGCUCAUGGAAACCUGAAAUCCACCAACAUUUUAUUCAAUCUGAAUAUGGAACCCUGCAUUAGUGAAUAUGGUCUAAUGGAAAUUGAAAACCAGGAUCAGUUAGCCCCAUCUAAAACUGAUAGUUACAAACACAAUGCUCGAACCAAAGACCGGCUUCACGCUGCCUUCGAGGCUGAUGUGUACGGUUUUGGUGUGAUUCUUCUGGAGCUUCUGACAGGAAAAGUGGUUCAAAAUAAUGGGUUUGAUUUGGCAAAAUGGGUUCACUCAGUGGUUAGUGAAGAAUGGACUGUCGAAGUUUUUGACAAGGCUUUAAUGUCAGAAGGUGCAAGUGAAGAGAGAAUGGUUAACCUGUUGCAGGUUGCAUUGAAAUGCAUUAGUCCUUCUCCAACUGAAAGACCAACCACAGCUCAAAUAGUUGUGAUGAUUAAUUCAAUAAAAGAGGAUGAAGAGAGAUCUAUAAUCUCUGAACCAUGAUUGCAACACAUUUGCAAUAAGAUUAUUUCAGCAAAUUUGCCCAAGAAAAGGUUCAUUUUCACCCCUCUAACUUGGCACAAAAGGUCGAAAGAGUCUAAGUUCGUGGUUUUGGAAAAGAAAAUAUCACAUCUGACGUCGGUUUUGAUGGUCAAAGGUCACUGACUCAAAUUUGACAAGUUGCAGGUGUUUUUAUUCAAAAUUACGAGUUUAGACUCUUUUGAUCUUUUGUGUUAAGUUGAAGGGUGAAAUGAACCAGUUAAAAAUUUGUCUGAAACCCUAUUGAAACAUAUUUGUUUC